AUGUCGGUAGAAGUAACAAAUUUGCACUUCCCAUUCCGAAAUACUAAAAAACCAGCAACUUCUCUGAAUCCCAAAAUGGAAGGAACAGGAAUCAGCCCCGCUGCCAUUGUUAGCCAUCACAAAGCUUUUAGAGCAGUGUUAGAUUGGAAGAAAGAUUCACUUCAAGUCCUCCGCGACUACUUGAAGAGGCGGCAACGCGGCGGUCUGGCUCAUGUCGACGUGCACGGCAACACGAUUCUCCAUUUUCUGGCCAUCGACGGCAAUGCAUCGGCUUUCAAACAACUCUUUGAAGACGGCCUGUUGACCAGCGAAAUGCUGAAGAACGGGAAUUUGAGAGGCGACACGACCUUGCACGAAGCCGCGAGGUUUGGGCGAUGCAAUGUCGUAGAAAUCAUGUUGGAGAAGGACGAAGGCUUGGCUUUGGAACGCAAUAGUUUGGGCGAGACGCCGCUUUACGUUGCCGUUGCAUCAGGGAAGAAAGAUGUGUUCGAUUUCGUGAAGGGGAAACUAAACAAGGACAACGUAACGACAACGAGAAAUGACGGCUGCACUCUCCUUCACGCCGCCGUCAUCGGAGAAUAUUAUAGACUAGCAUUGGAGAUAGUGAAAUCAUUUCCAUAUCUUGCUCAAGCACAAGACGAGAAAGGAUUAACUGCAUUGAAUCUGCUAGCCAGCAAACCUCUUUCCUUUAAAAGCGGGCAUUCCACCAAUGGAUAA